AUUUGGCGUCGGCAACACGUAAAGCCAGUUCCGUGCCGAACUUUGGCCUUGGCGGUUCCCCAAAAAAUUUGUGCUUCUCCACACCGACAUGUUUUCCCGUGUCUUUAACACCGCCAGGCAAAUACUGAGUCGAUCGCCGUCAGCCCAAAGAAGAUCUGAAGAGCGCAUCGAAGAAGAGUCAGCAUACGAGGACGCCGAACCCGGAGAAACUAUGGUCACAACUCGUAGUGGCACUGGCACAGACCCGUCGGUGGAAAGCACACCACGAAGCUCUGUGAAGACUCGGGGGAAACGAGAAUUGGACCACGACGAGACCCCCACCGCUACAAAAAAGAGGAGAAAAUCUGGGGGUGCAAGUAAACCUCAGUCCGAAAGUGAUGAGGGUAUUCCUACCAAGAAGCCCGAAUCAAAAGAUUCGCAACAUGUCGCCUCUGGCGCUCAGGCUGUCACCAUACCUGACCGCACUGUGACGGAGAGCAAGAGCCCUGCUCAGGCGGAGCCGCCAUCUUCUGUUCGUCGCGGGAAUCCAAGGGUUGUGAUACCCAAAAAGCCUUCCACGCCAUCAACUGUCACACGAUCCGCCAUGAAGAAAGGCGGCGAAGCACCGUCCGCUACUCAGGAACCAGAGUUUUACACCCCGGGGAGUCAUGUGCCUAGCCCAGAAUUUGUAACGCCUGCUAUGUAUCGGGAUUCUGCAAGUUCUCCAACGCCGAAAGCCACCAAAAUUUUGACCACCACUGGAGAUGAUGGUGCUCACAAUUCCACCACCCUAGAAGUGUAUACCCGGAGUGAAGUUCCGUCUUCCAGUCUGAACAGCGAGACUGCCCCCAUAUCAAGCCAAGAAUCUAUUCCCGCUUUACCGCAGAAAAAAAUCCACAAAAGAUUCGACAGCGAAGAACCAGAAGUUAUACCAGCUCAAACUAUUGCGGACCAGCCCGCCGAACCCGCCGAAGUCCAAACCGACGAUAUCGAUGACGAUGCCAGCGACUCUGACGAAGCGCCCGAGAUGGUGGCAACAGCCACUGCUGCCUCAAAAAUAAAAGCCAAGGACGACGAGGCUGCACGCGCCCAAAAAGCAAUCGAAGACCGAGACGCGCGCAGGAAACAAAAACGCGCGGAGCGCAAGGCCGAGGAACAGGCCGAGAAACGCAAGCGCGAGGAAGCAAAAGCGGAAAAACUCGCUAAGCAACAAGCCAAAGAGGAACGGAGACGGGAAAAACAAGAGGCUGCAGCUUCGUCGCGAAAAGAACCUCCCGGUUUCAACAUGAGCAGCCUCCCCGCGCUUCUUCCGGAUUCCGUGCUCGAGGCUGUUGGAAGCCACCGACCGCCAACGCCCCCACCGGUUCGCACUGGUAGAAGCUUGGAGCAGAUCCGCAAGGAUAAGUUGCAGCGACAUAUCAAGUUUCUGGAUCAGGGGGAAAAACCUAUCAAGGAUGUCAAGCGAGGGUCCGUCAACGUGUCUGUGUUGGCGAAGCAGAAUAAGUUGCUUGCCCCCAAAGUGGGGAAGAGUUCGAAGGGUAUCAGAGAACACUGGUUGAAAGGGAGACACCAAGAGAAGGUGGGCAGAAAAGGGAACAGCAAAGCGCAGUUCAGGAAAAUGGAAAGGAAGGCUGUCGGGGGAGGAUUUCUGAGGGGCGACGAUGAGUAG